UGACAAUAGCAUCAUUGCAGUCGAUCAUCGCUUGUAUUUGUAUAUUCAAAGCAGCAGAUAAACACUGGUUAGUAAAGACAUGUGACUGGCAAAGGUGCAGCUGAUAAAGUGUGUGAAGCCGUCGGGUAUUAUUUUCAUAUAUUCGUGUGUGCACUAAUUGUGGUGACAUGAUUAACAGGAUACCAAAAGGUUCGUCGGACAUCGACAUAAUUAGGACAGUAUUUAUGUACUGUUUCGGCGUGAUGAUAUUACCCGUGGCGACAUUUUUUGGUGUUAAGUAUGUGAUUUUUAACGGUAUCCUGUCUGAUGACUCUAUCAAGGCUAAUGUGUAUUCAGCGAUUACUGCAGUAAUAGUACUGCACAUUUCAUUGGUGUUUUUCAUAAUUAAAGCAUAUUCAGAGACUGAACCUCCUAAGCCUGUUACCAAAAGGGAUUAAAGGUGAUGCCCAUUUUUUGUCAAUCAUCUGAUUUAUGUAGAAAUUUAAAUUAUUCAUCAAAAUUUAAUAGUUGAAGGCUUUAUCAGUAUUUAUUUGGUGUCAGUCGGGUGAUUUUCUUACUUGCUGUAUGAAUAAUUUGUAUGAUUAUUUAUUGUCUCUCUAGUUGUGAAUGUAAUGUAAGAUGAGAACGAAAGUGAUAAAAAGCUUUUUUUAUAGUGCAAUAUA